AUGACAAACACUAUUUCGGUGACAUCAAUACUAUUCCGGCGACAGCAACACUAUUUCGGCGACCAAUUUCAACCACAGAUUGCCGAAAUCCAGCGACUCUAUCAAGUAAAUGGACUCAAUCGAUCAGGCACUAAGGCGAGAGAUGUGGAUGGUUAUAAGUUAUGGUACUCGGGUAGUGUAAGACAUAGAAAUGGGGUAGGUAUCUUAGUAGAUGAAAAACUUGGGGAGCAGGUAGUUGAGGUAAAGAGAGUUAGUGAUAAGUUGAUGUCUAUUAAGUUGGUCAUUGGAGGGUCUACGGUGAACGUUAUUAGUGUCUAUGCCCCACAAGUAGGUUUAGAAGAGAAGGAGAAGAAGGAGUUUUGGGAGGUUUUAGAUGAGGUAGUGAGGAGCAUCCUGAGCAAUAAAAAUCUUCUCGUGGAAGGGGAUUUCAAUGGGCAUAUUAGAUCUUUGCCAAGAGGUUUUGAGGAUGUGCAUGGCGGUUUUGGUUUAAAGGAGCGGAAUGAAGGCGAAUCUGCUCUUUUGGAUUUUUCUGGGGCUUUUGGGUUGUGGAUAGCAAAUUCAAACUUUCCGAAGAAGGAGGAACACCUUAUUAUGUUUUGUAGUUCAAUGGCCAAGACUCAUAGACUUUUUGCUUCUUAG